CGGAAAUAAACAAGACAUUUAAACCACGUCACUUCCGGAAAAGUGGGCGUGUUUUAAACUGUCAACUAACCGAAGUACAACAAAAACAAACACAACACCGAGGGGGUUCCGGGGACGGGCUGGAACCAUGGAGUCCUCUUCCGAUGAAGAAGAGGCGCGCACCUUCAUCCAAGUCCUCGGUGAGAAAUACAACCCAGAGAAUUUCCCCUACGGCCAAGGAGUGGUGGUUCUGUCCAGCCCGCCAGGAUCCCCCAUUAAAGAUCGCCUGUUCUUGCCCAGCGCACUGGUUCUGAAUCACUGUGGAAUCACUAAAGCCGGUGACCGCACAGACAUUGCAGCUUUCUGUGCCCAUGUGGUGGAGCUGGACCUGUCCCACAAUCAAUUUAAUGACUGGGGCGAGAUCUGCACCAUUGUGUCCAACGUCCCCCACCUGGACUUUCUCAAUCUGAGCAUGAACCCUCUGAGUAGCGUGAAGCUGGAUCCCAGCAUGGCCGACGUUUUCUCCAGGCUCCGACGACUGGUCCUUAUAAACACACACAUAAGCUGGGACAGCGUGCACACACUCACACAAAACACACCAGAGCUGGAAGAGCUUUUCCUGUGCCUGAACGACUACAGCACCGUGUCAGAGUCCCAAAAGUCCUGUCCCUCCCUACGUCUGCUGCAGAUCACCGAAAACCAGCUGCAGCACUGGGCAGAGGUGAGGAAGCUGGGGAUGAUAUACCCUAGCCUGAACACACUGGUUCUGGCCAACAACAGUGUGGAGUCUGUGGAUGACUCUCAGGAAACGCUGCAGCUUCUCUUCCCCAACCUGCGCAGCAUCAACCUCAACAACUCAGGGCUCAGUAAAUGGGAGGACAUUGAGAGGCUGAAUUUCUUCCCGAAGCUGGAGGACGUCAAGGCCAAGGGGAUUCCCUUACUGCAGCCUUACACCACCCACGAGAGACGGAGCCUCCUUUUAGCACAGUUGCCGUCUGUAGUGGUGUUGAAUGGGGGUGCAGUGUCUCAUGGAGAGAGGGAGGAUGCUGAGAGGUUUUUCAUCAGGUACUACCAGGACUGCCCAGAACAGGAGCUUCCUCAGAGGUACCACAUCCUUGUAUCCAAGUAUGGUCACCUGGCUCCACUUGCAGAGGUUGACCUGAGCCCCCGCAGCACCAUGGUGGACGUUCGCUGUGGCGAGAAGGUGGAGCCUGUCAGCCUCCGCCUGGAGCAGACGGUGGCCGAUCUGAAGAAGCAGCUUAAAGCUCUGCUGCAGCUGCCCACCAACGGGAUCCGGCUCUUCUACAUUGACCGCGAGAUGUGUUCGGUCUUGGGACCAGAAGAGCUGAAGUGCGGCUCGAGGGCGCUCCAUUCCUACGGCAUUCGAGAUGGGGAUGAGAUCCUGGUGGUGCCCAAAGUCAAGAGCCGCUGCAGCUCAUCCGAUAUCUGAGCCGGGAUGCUCUUUGAUUAUGGAUGAAUUGGACAGGAACUUCAGAUAAUGAACACUGACUGGAUAUUAAGCUUUGACUUGAGCCUUUCGUAGACGAUAUUAAAAGGUGAUAUUUUUCAGCCAUGAAUGUAACGCUGUCCACCAUAUUGAACAAAUUUAUUCAGUAGUGUUUUUGCACAUAGGAGCUCCACAUUCACAAAGAUUGUAUCACGAGUGGCACAUUGCUGUGCUUUAGACUGCAGUUUACAUCUCAUUUAUGAAAAUUGUUAUGCAAAUGUGGUGCAAAUAGUCCACUGAAAGGAAAAAGAGCUACCACAGUUACCCGUUGGAUGCACAAAUUGCACACUGAUUUAGAAACUAAACCCAUGUAAUAAUUAGAGUGUCUGAAUAGAUCUGGGAUUUUAGCAUACAAAACGUCGGGCACCGUACAUGGUGCAUUUUAGUAUUUAUUUUUGGUAGAAAAAGAUGUCGACAUUAGGUGGCACAGAAGCAUUAAUGACAUACAAGUUCUGACGGAAAUUAGAUUAUAAAAAUACCAGCUGCUGUGCAUAACUUUUGUAGUUUUACUGUUGUGAUGUCAAAUGCCUCGGCUGGUGAGAAUCAGCAGCUAUUCGAUGUUUUUCCUGUUCACUGUCUGCUGAUCUGUGAACAACGUUAAAUGCCUGGGAGUUUACGGUUUGAUUAAAAAUCAUUCUGAACCAGGUUACUCCUUAAAAGCCAACACAGUGGCAAACGAUGAACCUUAAUCAUCCAGCCAAGCUAAAGAAAACCUACAAGAACUUUACAUUUCUGCAUUAGCAGGCUUUGUGAAUUGUCUACGUGUACAUGUAACUAUUAUGAGGGCAAAAAAGGAUGAAUGGUUUACAUUUUAUUAACAUUUUCAUGACAGGCUCAUAGAGGAUUCAUUGUAUCUAACCUUUAUUUAAGCAGAGUAGAUUUACAGAUGAGAGUGUUUGUAUAAGUAACACCAAUCUCUCCCCGCUGCCUCCUGCCACUGAGAUCACUCUCUUUCUGCAUGACUCUUGAUAGCAGUGAUAUAUCCUGGGAUAACCCCCCCAAGCUGGAAUCACAAAUGCACUGUGCAGAGGAUAACGUAGAGCACAUGGCUGCUGCUCAGUCAGGAUGCCCGGGCAGAAAGACGAGACAAGUCCGAGGUGAUGUCGGGUCUGGGACAGAGAAAAGGGGUGUUGAUGCUCAGGUUACUGCUGGUCUUCUGGCUGUCCAUUCCAUGAAUGGGGCAGCUCUCUCUCUCUGGAGAGGCAGCUGAGAAACGUUGAGGCCCAGUCUGUAUGGUAACCACACACCAGCCGCUGUGUCACGGACACUUCCGCUGUAUUUAGGUGAGAAUGGGUUCACGCAACUGGCCCACCACCCCAAUCUCUCCUUUACAUCCGUCUUACAAACCUGACACUUUUAGUGUCUGCUAUUUCAGAGGAUGUGGGGUCAUGAACCUUCCCAAUGGUCCACAUUGUUUUCAGACUCAAAGAAUAGAUAGAAUAACACAUUCCCACUGAUUGGAAAUUGACAACAUUUUCCACUGCAGGCACCCUGGGCUUCUCAUAACCUUAACUUUGAGGAUGUGAGGGUUACAGCUCAAUUCCACCAGGCACUGCUGCGAUGAGGCUGGCAAAGCUUAGCACCGCCAUUUGAGGCAACGCUUGUGAUACCAGCAGACGUGCUGCAACGCGUUCCGGUAGCUCUCAGCUCUGCUCUAUUUAAAAUACGCGCUAUGUGUCUAGUUUUAAAGGAAGCCGCGUUAAGCUGCACAGGACAGGACAAGUUUGAACAUGAACAGUGUAGAGCAUCCUGUCAAUUUUCAAAAUAAACAACCCGUGCAGACUCGCAAAUGGAAGAAAAAAAAUGUCAAAAAUUAGAAACCAUAUAACUUUGUAGCAUAUGUACCCAUGGUUUGAGAUGAAAAAAGGGAAAAAAUCACAGUGCGAUGGAAUAGAUCAAAGAGCUGUGCGAGGUGAAAUCAAGGUGCUGUGUACCAUUGUUUUCUAUAUGUAACAGUAGAUUGCACAGGUGAGGAGCUGAGCAUUAAGGACAUCACAGUCAUAAUCUGUACAGUUAUAGAAUAAACUGCCACGGAAAGAUGUCCUUAUUGACUUCCAUACAAAUUUGGUUUUAUGCAACCCAGAGAAGUACAAUAGGUUCAAGUGAAGGGGACUGAGAAUCAAAUACAGAUCUAUGCAUCAGUUAAGGAAAGAUGUAUCUUCAUAUUUGAUCCUUAAUUUUUUUCCCCCUUCCUGUUUGGUUGUGUGGGAUACCACCUUGUUUUCUCUUAACACUGACUCGUGCUCUGACUGAAUGGCCUCCUUUAACCAAAUGAGAGCCUGCGUGUCUUCAUUUGUCCAACUAGUGUGACUCUUGCCCUUGUUAGUACAGACACAGUGCUGAAAGUGUAUGUAGUGUUGUGUUGUUGUAGUCGUUCUUGUAAUGAUGUAAUGACACAUCUAACUGUCCAAGAGUGAGCAGAAACUCUGACAAGUACCUGAAACUCGCUUUUAGGAUCUCCUCCUGAGCAGGAGAUUGUAUCCAAAGCACUCAAAAAUCAGCGAAGGGGAAAAAGCAGAAUUGGAGGCCACGGCUGUGUAUUGCGUUAUGUUUCAUUAAGGUCUUGCUGCAGUGGAAAGGGGAUGUUAGAGUUUUCCAAUUAACUGACAAGUUUGUCUUGAGACUGUGAGAGGAAAUAGGAAUUCAGUGAAACAAAGACACUCGCAAAUUCCACUUAGACACAACCCCACUAACAAGUGGAUUAGAACCCAGGAUCUCCUUGCACAGUGCUGCAUUUAUGAAAAGCUACGGACACAAACUUUCCUACUGUAACCUCUCGUGCAGAGUUUUAGGAGUUUGAAUAUGGUGCUCUCAUAAAGUCAUACAUUUUGAGAAUUUUUUUUUUUUUAUCAGUAAGACAUCAUGAAUUUUGAAAAAAAAAGGUACAUUUUCCUUAGUCCAAUCUGAGACUCGAAAAUAUGAACGUAUGUGUUUUUGAUGUUUCCCUUCCUUCUCGUCAGUGCAUGUUGGAAUAUGUUCCUGCCUGCCUGAUGCUGAAUAACCUCAAACGUUUGACCGUGUGUGCUGCACACAUGCAGUGUAAAUUGGGCCCAAAAUCAAGUGCAUUUGUUGAUGAAAAUCACAGACUAAGCAGGGUCUUUUAAAUAUUUGGCUGCUGUGAACGCAAAAAAAAAAAAAGUUUGUUUGAGAUCACUUUGGGUGAAGUCAGCAUCCAGGAUCAAGUGUUAUACCAAGUGAAGUGUCGCCGUGUGUUACCGACAGAGUGUGAAAAUGUGUCGAGGUGCCACCCAGAACGCUCCUCUGACACAAACUUACUUUGUGUAGUAGAUAACUGGAGAUCUCUUUUAAGGUUUUUAUUUUUCUUGACUCACAUACAUUAUACUAUAUUAUGACUGAGUGCUUACAUAGGAUGUUGCGGGACGAGCGUGAAGCAUUAUCGUGGGUUAAGUUGGUGAUUUGCAUGUUUGGAUAUUUCUUGAUAUGUUUGAUUCAAAAUGUGUAUGAGACGUGUCAUUUCAGGGAAGCAACUUUGUUGAUGGGCAUUUGUAAAUUUGACACUUUUGAAAUAUUAUCUGUGCCCCUUUCACCUCACUUUAUUCUUCAGUAAUACCAAAAAAAAAGAUUAUUUACAGAUUUAAACAUAUAAAAGAUAGAUGCUAAUCUGUGAAACAGUUUGCUUUGUGCUGUUUAAUUUAUAUCACGUUUGCUUUCUGUAGUUUCUUUAAUGUAUCAAGAUAUUUUCUUGAGAUCAUAAUGCCAUUUCUCCACCUGUACUGUAAAUUUGUGCUUUCACUUCUCUUAAAGAAAUAAAUUCAGAUUAUUUGGG